CAACUCCAGCAACACGGCCUUCCAACUAGCUCCCUGAUCACAUCACCAGGGGUUAAAAAAAGAAAAGGAAGAAAAAGAAAAAGAAAAAGAAAAAGAAAAAGAAAAAUCGUUGUAACUACUCCUCACACCCUGACAAAGCCUCGACAGCCCUCUAAAUCCCCAGCUCCAAAACACCAUGCACGCUUUCUAGCUCGAGGGGAUGCCACUACACACUACGAUGACACGCAAGGCUUUCAAAUUUGUUUCAUUUAAAAAAUAAAAAAUAAAAAUAAAAAAAUAUGGCAACGCAGUGUAGUAGUACCUCCUAGUAUAUAAACACAAUACAGCUAGAGCCUGGAACCAGUUUCUAUUAAUAGUAACUGUCGCGCGAAACCCAGACGCGCAGAAUUCAACCAAAAUUUACUCCUGCAGGUAAAUCACGGCGUCGUCCUAGAACAUCCCGUCUCUCACAGCUUUGAGACAACGGUAAGAGUUCCUGUCUUCUGGAUCAAAUACUCAUCAAUGGCAACGUCUUUGCCGGCUUCUUUGCCGUAGCCAGAUUCCUUGAUCCCUCCAAACGGGGAUUCUGCAGCGGAGGCAUUACCUAAAUAAAAUGUCAGAUGCGGACUCUCGAGAGGAAGAGCAAAAAGAGGAGAUGCCGAACCUGUAUUCAUGCCAAUCAUACCAGCUUCAAGGCUCUCGAGCAGUCGCCAGGAACGGUUGACGUCGCUGGUGAAAAAAUAGGAUGCGAGUCCCAUGGAUGUAUUAUUUGCUGCUUGAACAACCUCCUCCUCAGUUUCAAACCUGUAGAGUCCUAGGAGAGGACCGAAAAUUUCCUCAUGAGUCGUCAGCAUGGAGGAGGUCAUCUCUGAGAUAAUUGUAGGCUCGAAGAAAUAGCCCCCAAGGUUACUGGGGCGUUUCCCACCACAUAACACUCUACCCCUUUUGGAGACAGCAUCAGCGACGUGUCUCUCCAACUUCUCGAUACCUCGGGGGGUUGUGAUUGCGCCCAUUGUGGUAAAGGAGUUAGCACCAUGGCCAACGCGAAGCUUCUGCGUCGCCUUGAGCGUCUUCUGCGCAAACUUGUCAUACACCCCCACUCUGGACAUAGACUCUGUUUGCAUGCGUGCAAGCCUGUCCAGCGGUGCGCCACUUAAGUAUCAUGAGUGCAGCAACUGCUUGGUCGAGGUCCGCGUCAUUGAAGACAAUGAAUGGACAAUUGCCGCCAAGUUCAAGUGUUACCUUUUUCAAUCCAUCAGAACAGUGGUGGGCCACAAUUCUUCCCACAGCAGUGCUUCCAGUGAAAGUUACUUUGCGUACGAGAGGGUGCUUGCAAAGAGCCUCACUGACCGAAUGCGUAUUAGUGUUGUCGGUCGUGAUGACAUUCAGAACCCCGGAGGGAAAGCCAGCACGUAGAGCUAGGUCUGCCAGGGCCAGGACACUGAGGGGAGUCUCCGGAGAUGGCUUGACGAUCAUAGAGCAGCCAGCUGCCAGAGCAGCCGCAACUUUACGAAUGAUCAUGGCGACGGGGAAGUUCCACGGUACCAACGCAACGCUGACUCCAAUGGGCUGCUUGACUACGAAGGUUCGGCGCUCAGAGACGGAUGGAAUGGCGAUGGAGCCUCGAAUCCGUUCUGCUUCACCAGCAAACCACCAGGCAAAGCCAAGUGCAUAAUCGACCUCUCCGCGUGCCUCCGUAAUUGGUUUGCCGGUUUCGUACACAACUAGCCGUGCAAUGUCCUCGCGACUAUUUGUUAUCAGAUCGUACCACUUUAGAAGCAUUUUCGCUCGUUGGCGUGGGUUUACAUGGCGAUAUUUGAGGAACGCGGUGUGUGACGUCGUGACGUAUUCGUGCACGUCUUCAACCUUGUUGGCUGGGCAUGUAGCGAAGAUUUGUCUGCUCCCAGGAUCUGAUUAACACUCAGCAAAAUAUAUACUUUCAUCGCUAGUACAUCGAGCAAAAAUGGCUUGCAGGGUGCAUUGUUCACCUUCGACUUCAAAAGUCUCCCGUGCUCCUGAUUGGACCCAUUUGCCGUUAAGCAAUGAGCUUUCAUGGAAAAGGGCCCGAUCGUCUAACUACAAAAUUUGUUAAUAUUCAUCCGUGUCGCAAGAAGAACCUCAAUGUGUCUUGACUCACUUGGAAGAGCAAUUGGUGAGGCAUGAUAAUGUCUUAACAAGGCUUUAUCUCUUGCAGAAUAUAGAUAGGGAUGUGUCCAAGCUGUUGCAAGGUUUUGCUCCGAGGUGCUAAAUAACUAUCAACAAGCCUUCAUGGGAGAUGUUCAACGCGAUGUUCAGAGAACUUCGGCUUCUUUUUAUGUCGUCCACUCAUUAUCAUUGUUCUCUCGCUCCGGUUCUUCCCAGGCUUUGACCGUCCCCAGGAACAUGGUUUUGAGAAGUCUGGGAUUGCUCUGGGCAGUUCGUUGGGACGCGGAGCCCAGAAGCUGUCCGGGUCGAUGAUUGCCCGCCCGUUACGCUGCAAAAAGUGGGGUGUCCUUCGCUCCUCUUGGCCUUUUCCUUUAAAGGUGCGAUUUACAUCUCCCCAUUGCCAGUGGCGGAGAGCAGGAUGGUCGAGACUUGUUGUCAAUGUUGAGUCAUGCCUUUAAAGGAGAUCCGGGAUGCAUGGCGGCGCCCUUCGAAAAUUUUCCCUUGAGCAAGUGAUGGGACCGAAGAUACACAACUCGAGGAUAUGAUCACAAACUUGAUCAUGGCACCUCUUCCAACUUAAGCCUUUGGAGGUAAGUCUAUCCCGAGUCAUGCUGCUCGUGGCGCCGAAUUUCGAUUUUGAUUUUGAAUUUCUGUUGGCAAUCGCCUAGUUUCGGGAGGAUUUCUAUUUAAAUAUGCCGAGUUGUAGAAACUAACCUGGCUUCUUUCUCAGCAGUUAGAAAAUGGGAAAAUAUAUAAAAGCUUCAGUCUCUUGGUUUCAGGCUCUCCUCUGAUCUUCGCAUCGAGUAUCUUCUAUAUUUCAUUCAGAGAUUCGAUCUCGUUCUAGAUACUGGUAUUUCUCAGCAACAAUGACUGCCAAAACUCCCCAUCCGUUUGACCCUCUUACCCCCGAAGAAAUUUCCAGAGCUGGACGAAUCGUUCUUCCGCACUUUGGCGGGCAGGAUCCCAAUUUUCGGGUCAUCACGUUGCAGGAGCCGCCCAAAACACAGAUGAUACAGUAUCUCGAGAAAGAGCAUCGCAAGCAGACCAUAGGAGAGGUUCCCACUCGUUCUGCACGUGUUGAGGUUGUGGUGAAAGGCCACAAUGACACCAACGAGCUCUUCGAACUCUUUGUUGAUCUCGACAAUGACAUAGUAUCCCACAAGCAGCAUCGCAAGGGAAAACAUUCCUACAUCGAUGCGGACUAUAUGAAAUCAGUUGAGGCUGCUUGUCUAGCCAAUGACGAAGUGCAGGUCGAGAUACGCUCCCUUGAUCUUCCUCCAGGAUCAACUGUUGUGGUGGAACCUUGGGCUUAUGCCACAGACGGCAUGAAUGACAUGACCCAGCGAGUCUCCAUGUGUUGGUUCUAUCUCCGGUUUGAAGAUAAUCCAAAUGCCAAUUACUACUCAUACCCUCUCGACAUAUGUGCAGAGGUCUCGGAGUCCCUCCAGGUCACCAAGGUAUAUCGCUUGCCGACAAAACCACACGGAAGAAUCAAUAAUGAGCAGAAGCCCUUCGAUCGCCGGAAAAUUCGACCGACAGCAGCUACAGAGUACCACCCUGACUUGAGACCAAGCCCAAGGUCGACUACCAAACCUUACCAGGUUGUUCAGCCAGAGGGCCCAUCAUUCCGUAUCGGUGGAAAUCACGUAGAGUGGGAGAAAUGGAGCUUUAGAGUAGGCUUCAACUACCGGGAAGGAUUGACAUUGCACGACAUUCGCUACGAUGGCCGGAGCUUGUUUUACAGGCUUUCGCUUGCGGAGAUGUUUGUACCUUACGGUGAUCCACGGGCUCCCUACCCUCGCAAGGCGGCAUUUGACCUCGGAAAUGAUGGUGCAGGAAUCAAUGCCAAUAAUCUACAGCUUGGCUGUGACUGCCUAGGGACCAUCAAGUAUUUUGACGGCUACCAUAACACGCCCUCUGGGAAGCCUUUGAAAAUGCCAAACGUAGUGUGUUGCCAUGAACAAGAUGACGGCAUCCUGUGGAAACAUACCAAUUUCCGCACUCAAGUUCCUGUGGUGGCUCGCUCUCGUAUUCUCGUUUUACAGACUAUCAUUACAGUGAGCAACUACGAGUACAUCCUUGCCUUCCAUUUUUACCAAGAUGCGUCGAUUUUUUACGAAGUCCGUGCCACUGGUAUCCUAUCCACCGUUCCCGCCGACCUAGACACGAAGGCCAAAUUUCCUUACGGCACCACUGUGGCACCAGGGGUUCUAGCGCCAUAUCACCAGCAUCUCUUCAGCCUGCGCAUAGACCCAGCGAUCGAUGGCUAUUCCAAUUCCCUGGUCGUUGAAGAGUCAAAGGCCCUUCCUGUGGGAGAUCCUUCAGUCCACAACCCAUUCGGUGUAGGCUAUACCACCAACAGUCAAGCUGUCGAGGAAGAAGGGGGUUUUGACCUUGAUUUCACUAAGAACCGGACCUUCAAGUUCCUCAACGAGAGCAAGAUCAACCCUGUAACGGGUACGCCGGUUGGAUUCAAGCUUCUCCCUGCUUACAGUCAAAUGCUCCUCGCCAAUUCCGAGUCAUACCAUGCGAAGCGCUCAGAGUUCACUAAGCAUGCCAUUUGGGUAACUCGCUACGAAGACGGGGACCACUUCCCCGCGGGCCGAUAUACCAUGCAAUCUACUGGCGGUGACGGUAUCGCUUCUGUAAUUGCCAAGCGAAAAGAGUCAAAAGCGGCCCAGUCAGUCAGAGAUCAGGAUAUAGUCAUCUGGCACACAUUCGGAGCUACCCACAACCCUCGCAUUGAGGAUUGGCCGGUUAUGCCGAGCGAGAAGCUCGUGGUUGGGCUCAAACCCGUCAACUUCUUUUCUUGCAAUCCAGGCUUGGAUGUAGCUCCCUCAACUCAAGAGAAGAACAAGAGUGUUUUGUACACUGGGGAUGAAUCCGAGCCAGCAUCAUGUUGUCACUCAAAGCUAUAGUUCUUUUCUUGAAAUCACUUCCUCGUUAAGAAUAGACAAAAACACAAUUGCUCAUAAUGCAAGAAUAGACUAAAUGGCAUUAUUGUUAUUAACGUAUUAGCCAGGAAGCAAUAGUUUAAUAUAUUAUAAAUCCAUUGAAGUGCAA